AUGGAGUUCAAUCCAAAUCUCACCAGUCGCACUUCCUUAUUCAUCUCUGUCCUGAUUCACGCGUUUCCUACCCGGAAACACCGUGGUCCACCAGUCCUGCCACCCGCCGGCAGCGUUGCAGCCAACAAACAACCCCCCGGCAGACAGCCAAACUGCCCUGGGUGCGCUUCCCGGUUUUCACCACUUAAAAUCUGGACUUUUAUCCUUCCCACUGCAGCUGCAGGGCUCGCGCAGUUUUGCAGGGUCCCCGUCCAUCGUUGCGGGCGGUGCCACAUAAACUGGCCUUCAGAGUUCAGACGGCCAACUCUUGAACUCUCAACCUCCUUCACGGCAACUUUCCCGACCGCCGCCCAUUCUACCCCGAAACCUCAUGGGCCCCUCUGA